AUGUCGGUUUCUAUCGCGUUACUACAAGCAGACCAUGUGGCUGAGAGUGGACCAAGGCCGAAGACCGGUCACCAGAGGACCAGCAUCAUCGCACAGUGGUCUAUGGGGGUAAUACGGCGACCAAUUGACCUCCCAACCGGUCAUGGUUACCACAGAUGGUACGGCCACAUUCCUAGUCCAGGUCAAGGAGACCGGUAUUUACCAAUACCAUCCAACGACUGGAAAGUCCCUAAUUCAAUUAGGGACGCAUCUCGUCGAAUCAGGGGCAAGGCUGGCAGUGAGACACCCACUACCCACGAACAGGCCCCGAUCACUAAUGAACGCACAGACACACAUUAG